ACAAGGUUAAAAUCUGUGAGAUGAGAAGCCUUAUCCUUCUAAACUCUCUCAACGAAACCCUAGUUCCGAUCGUCGCGCCGUGGUGCGGAAUUUGCCUGAUCUUUCUUUAGUAUGUGUUCUCGCUAGACAAGAUAGCCUGAUGGAUUGAUCGCACAUCCUCCGCUAACGAUUGUUUCUAACUAGUAUCAAGAGCUUUCUUCGCGGCUUGACUGCUUCUACCGAUACCCCACGUGCGCAUUCCGUGCAACCGACUUCUCCGUGGCCCUCCUCAACUCCGUAACCUCUCCGCAGACUCUCCGCGGACUCUCCGUGGGCUCUCCGUGAUCGUCUGCCUAUGGCGGUGACUUUGCCAUCAGAGAUCUCACGAUACGGAGAAGCGCAGCGGUCUUUUGAAACCUAAUCGCCUGCCACGAUAAGAACUCGAUUUCUAUCGCGACGCGACGAGCACCGGAUUUGGAGGUUCGAGCGGCUGCUAUUGCCAGGAAUGGCUCGGCUUCCAUUGAUUUCAAGAGCUGCGGAUGAUCCAUGGCGGGUUUUUUGCCCCAGAAGCUCGGAUGCCUUGAGAAGAGAGGAAUCUCCUUGAGGGGUUUGAAGGUCGUUCCGGAGGUACUAAAAGGAGUACUUUGUUAAACAUCAGGUCUUCCUUCUUUCGCCAGAGGUAGUCAGUUCCGUAACCCUGCUCUGUUUGUUCUCUGGAAAUGUUAAGUCAAUUUUCAGAUCCUUCAACCAGAGCGAUUUCUAUCCUUUUUGCCCGGGAUUAUCGACUCAACUUUCUGACGCUGGAGUCUGUUCUAACGUGCAAUUUCGCGCGCAAAAGCCUAUCGCCGGGUACACGUGGCGUGCGUAGCGGUGCUACAAUCUAGGCGUGUAUAACGGUCGUACACUCGUGUCCGCGUGUGUAGCGGCGGUGUUACAGUCGUAGCGUCAACAGCCUCAAGCGCCAGCAGACUUAAGCGUCAACCGCUCCAAGCGUCGACAUUCUUAAGCGUCCACAGAAUUUUUAAGUGCGAGGCGACGGGAGGGGAGGUAGCGGGGCGGGCGAAAUUUGAGAAUUCGCAAAAAUCACCCACGAUGACGGGCGAUGUGGCGGAGCUGGUGGAGCAGUACAAGUGCGAGCUUGCGGAGCUGACGUUCAACAGCAAGCCCAUCAUCACCAACCUCACCAUCAUCGCGGGCGAGAACGCGCACGCCGCCAAGGCCAUCGCCAAUACCAUCUGCCAGCACAUCAUCGAGGUGCCCCGGGACCAGAAGCUGCCAGUGCUGUAUCUACUGGACAGCAUCGUCAAGAACGAAGGCGGGCCCUACAUUGACGUCUUCGCCGCUCGCCUUCCCGAGGUAUUCUGCCGCGCCUAUGACCAGGUGGACGGGGGAAUCAAGCCCCAAAUGCGCCAUCUCUUCGACACCUGGCGCAGCGUCUUCCCCCAUCAGCCCCUCCGCGCCAUCGAGCUCCGCCUGCGCUUCCCCCCUCCCCCUUCCGCCACCGGGGGGAAACCCCCUCCGCCCGGCAUUCCCCCUGGCGCCAUGGGGGGAGGGCAUAUGGGGCCGGCGCAUCCAGGGCUCCCCCACCAUGGUGCUGGCGGGGGGGGAGGAGGCGGGGGUGUUCCGCCCAAUCACGCGCAGCAUCCGCAUCAUGGGCAUCCGGGCAUGGGUUCCCCGCACCUUCCCCCCGCCAUCCCCGCGCACGCCAGAGCGCAUGCUGGGGGAGCAGCGGGCAGAGGGGGAGGGGCGGGUGGCGGAGGCGCGGACGGCGGGGGAGGUAUGCCGUUGGACUCCCCUGGCUCGGGGAGAAUCCAUGUGAACCCCAAGUAUCUGAAAGCCGCGCAGGUGCAGCAGCAGCAGCAGCAACAGCAGCAACAGCAGCAGCAACAACAGCAGAGGAUGCAGCAGCAGGGUUUGGCCUCUAGGCGAGCAGCAGCGGCAGCAGCAGCCGGCAUAGCAGCCCAGCAGCGGCACACUGCAAGUCCGCGCGCAGGCAAUGGCACGCUACAGCAGCGCCGAGCAGCAGCAGCGGCGGCGGCGGCAGCGGCAGCAGCUAGCAGGGGGUCGGAUGGGCGCGCAGCAGAGUGGGGAAUCACAGCCCCCUCUGGAAGAUCCACAGGGGCAGGUGGGGCAGCUGCUGCAGCAACGGCAGCAGCAGCAGCAGCUAUGGGGAAGAUGAAGGGGGGUAGAAGACCCGGGGGGUUAGGUAGUGGCGCAGCAGCAGGGGGGGCCGUUCCGCCGCCGCCUCACCCGGUUGGCAGAGGGCGCGGGGCUCCUCCAAUGAGGCAACGCCACGUGCAGCCAGCUGUGGAGGUGUAUGAGGAGGAGGAGGAGGAGGGGCCGCGGUUAAGAGCCCAGUAUGGAAGAUACGGGUUAGAGGGGGAGGCGGAGGAAGAGGAAGAGGAGGAGGAAGAAGCGGAGGAGGAGGAGGAGGAGGAGGAUGAGUUGGUAGGUCCUGCAGUGGAGUAUGACGGGAUGGAGGGGAGGGAGGGGGGGGCGGACGGAGGGGGGGACGAUGGGGGGUGGUUGGAUAGGAGGGUGGCUGUGGAUGAUGAUGAAGAUGAGCAGGAGGAAGAGGGAGGGGACGAAGCGUUUGCAAACGACAUGACAGGAGGAGGAAUGGAUCAGUUCGCACCCCCCCCUCGGCCCGCUCGCUCCAUCCCCGAUCGCUACCACCGUCCCGCUGCUGCCGCUCCUGCUGCUGCUACCGGUGCCGCACGGGGAAGGGCAGCAGCAGCAGCAGCUGAUGACCGAAUGCUUGCCGGUGCUUCUACGAAGCCGCUAGUUAGAGGGAGGCCUGCUCGAGUGCUGCGUGCCGCACAUACAGGAGGCGCUGCAGGUGGUGUGGGUGCCGGUGGUGCUGGUGCGGGGGAGCGGGUAAGCAGCACGCAUUUCCAGUGGAAGGAGGUUACUGAAGUGGUUCCUGCCCCUAUGGUGGCUCGCCAGCAGCAGCUUCGUGCACGGGAGCAGGCUUUGCUUGAUGAUGAUCAGGGGCUUCCCAUCCCACCCCGCUCCGCCCUCCGCCGCCCCCGUCCCCCCAGCGAUUCCUUCCCCCUGCAACCAGACCUGCCCGGCCCCUCCCACCUCCGCUCGCGCCCCCACCACCCAGCAGCAGCCGACCCCCGCGUAGCAGACACCUGGCCCGCACCAGCAACAACGUCCAGAGCUCUAGCAGCAGCAGCAGCAGCUAGAGCAGCAGCAGCAGCAGCAAGAGUGGCGGAUCUGGGCCCGGACUUACCAGACGUGGACGUGCACGACCUGCUGCCACUCCCUCGCUCCUCUGCUCCCCUUCCCGCUGCUCCCGCGCCACCGUAUCGCGGCGCCCAUCCCCCUCUCCCGCCUGCGUCUGCUGCUGCGGCUAGAGGGUACCAAACGGGUGAGCAGUUUGAGCAGUUUGGCCCAGAUAUGAAGCACCUGCCUGGUGUCGGCUCGUCCGGGGAUUUGGCAUUGGACGCAGCAGCAGCAGCAGCAGCAGCUCUUCCCUUCUCCUCUCACCAGCUCACGUCCCUGCUGCAGCAGGUCGGUGCUGCUGUUGGGAAUCUCCCUGGAGAGAGACAGACAGGGGCAGCAGCAGGAGGAGCAGGAGCAGGAGCAGGAGCAGGGACACCACUGCCACCGCUUUCACCGACAACCCUUCCAAAUCUGCCGUCCCCCACUCCUCCCCAUGCUCCCCAUCCUGCUGCUCCUCCUCCUCUCGGCCUGCCUCUUCCCAGCAUCCCGCCUCUCCCUCCACAUGCCCCUCCCAGCGCGCUCCUUUCGUCUCUCGCCAACCUCUUGCCGCCUGCUUCUGCUGUGCGUGCCCGCAUGCCCGUCUCUCCUCCCCCUCCCGCGGCCGCCAUGCCUCCUCUCCCUCCUGCACUUCCGGCUUCCCUCUCCUCCCUGCUCCCGCCUGUGGCGCCUCCCUAUUCUGGAGCCUAUGGUGCUGGUGAUUAUAGCAGGGACAGUGUGGGGGUGGGGGAACCCCCUUCGGUUGCUGGUGCUAGUGGUGAUGGUGGGGGGGGGGAAGGAGGGGGGGGCGCGGGUCUGUCUAACCUUCUCUCCUCGCUUUUGACUCAAGGUGUUCUAAACAUUGGCUCUUCCGCAGCAGCAGCAGCAGCAGCAGGAGGAGGAGCAGCAGGAGCAGCAGGGGUGCCCCCCACAAUGCCUGCAUCCUUUACUCCUCCUCUUCCUCCCCUCCCCCCAUCGGCACCCCCUCCCUCCCUCGCCACCUCCCAUCCUGCACCCUUUGACCGUGUCCCCACCCCUCCCUUGCCCCCCCAACACCAUACCCCCUUCCCACCACACGCGCCACAUGCCCCCUCCCAACCGCCCCAGCACUCCGCAUCCCCCCACCCCCCGUUCCCCCAUCCGCACCCUCCCCCUCCCCCUGCUCCACAGGACCUCCCCCCUCCUUUGCGUAUUAUAUCACAUGCGGCUCUGGCGUCAGUAGGGCGGGAGAUUAAGCAGGAGGUGCUAAGAUCCCGCCAUGAGGCGGUCGUUGCCGCCCUCUAUUUCGACUUCCCCCGCCAGUGCGCCACAUGCGGACGAAGGUUUGCCGACCAGGAGGAGUACGGGCGGCACCUGGACGGGCAUUUCCUGAAGCGGAAGCGGUUGAAGCAGCAGAAGGCGCAGUCGCGCAUGUGGUACGUGUCGACGCGUGAUUGGCUCUCAGAAUCCACCUCUUCUGCUGCUGCUUCUGGUGCUGUGCCUGGUGCUAGUGGUGCUGCAACCGAAGCAGGGGGGAUGGGAGGAGGGGCGGGUGAAGGAGCAGGAGGAAUGGGAUCAACGAGAGAGGGAGAGGGAGGCGGAGGAGGAGGAGGAGGGGCUGCCUCUAGUGGUGGUGCUGCUGCUGCUGAGAGUAAACUAAUGCCCGGUGUUGCUGUUUCUUCUGCUGCUGCUGGCGGGGCGGCGGAUAGAGGAGGGAUGGGGAUUGAAAGAGGAGAUGGAGGAGUAGGAGGAGGAAGAGAGGGCGGAGGAGGAAUAGGCGGAGGGGAAGGGGGAGUUGUGGGUGUCAGUGAGGCAGGAGGAGGGGUGGGGGAUCAAGGCGGGGCGAGUCUAGCGGUGCCUGCAGAGGAGGAGGCGGAUGACUGGUGUGCGCUGUGUGGGGAGAAGUUUGCAGUGUUCUUUGAUCCCGAGGAGGACGAGUGGAUGUAUAGAGGGGCCGUGGUAGAGGGGGUGGCAGGAGGUGUUGUUGCUGCUGCUGGUCGUACUGGGGAAGGGGUAGGGGAGGGGCGACGCCCCCGCAUUGUGCAUGCGACGUGUCGAGAGGCGAGCACCAGCAGAGGUUCUUCGGACAGCAGUCGCAGCAAGCGCCUGCGAGUGGAGUGACCGGGAAGACAGUUGCAGAGAGGGCACAGCAGAAGCAGGAGGCCCAGCAGAAGCCUUUGCUGGCACAGCAGUUGCGAAAAGCUCGAGCCAACAGGCGCGUUUUCGUUCGAAAACGUGUCUACUAUUGACCACCCGAUACUACCUGCCUGCUUUUCACGUUGAUCGUCAACUCUGAUGUGCCGCGCUGCCUUCGCGCUGCCUUCGCGCUGCCUUCGCGCUGCCUUCUGUUUGGGGGCAUACAAACUCCAAAACGGUCACGCUGCAUUGCACCACCACGCGACACACGUGAUGUGCCGUGAGGGUGCCCUGAUGCCAUGAUGCAACCCGACAGACAGGGAGGAACCAAUGAGGCACGCAUGACUCAUGAGCGAACAGCGCUGUUGCUGCCGGGCUGGCUCCUGAUGUUACUGGUACUGUUGCUGUUGCUGCUGCUGCUGCUGACCCAGCCAUGACUGCCUUUCAGAGCCGGCGAAGCCACUGCUAGUACCUUCGGUAGGAGUGACUGACAGGGCACAACACAACUCAUGACUCACGAGUCACAUCAAGGGUUUUGGGGACAAGAUGAGGCACGAGGUGCAAAAUAUUGGCGCGCCAUGGCAUCAAGUUCCCUGGUGCAGUUGUUCCUUGGGUUAUAUCCGUGUGACGAAGGCUUGGGCCUUGGGCAAGACUAGGACGGGCGCAGGUGUAGUGUGCGUGCUGGAAUGGGGGCAGGUUGGCCUACUGCAUUUGGGUGUGCAGAUGUCAGUGCCUGUGGUGCCUGUAGGUGCAGUUGCUGGCAUUGCAAGUGCAGGUGCAGCCCCUAGACAUGAGCUGCAGGUGUUGGUUUGGUUUCUCGUGGUCGGCUUGACUGUACUGGUGGGAACUGUUUGGUUUAGGUGAGGUGACCCGUUGCCGUCUCUCCUCUCAGGCUGACAAGAAAUGGCUGCCUACCUAGGAUCGUGGACUUGUUUGUCUGCUGCACGGAAAGCAUGCGGUCUGACAACUGAUGCUGAGGGGUAGUAUGUAGCUUGUUUUUCUGUGCUUUGGCCUGCUGUGCUCUGCUCAUUGCUCCGCAGUAGUCCCCGCUCCAUAAACCUGCUGCUGCUGCUACUGCUGCUGGUGCGAUCGGUAGUGUUCCUGCACAGCUGUGUCUGGUCUCUUUGACACUGCUUCCCUGUGCCUGCUACCUCAGCGCUCCAUCAUUCUCCUCCAUUGUUUGUCUUGUUUAGGUGCCUCAUCCCUGCUGACCUGUAGAUGCACGUUAGUGUGCUCCCUAACACUGUCCUGCUUGUUUGAGGUGGUUAGCUGUUUAGAUUGUGACCAAUGACCAUGUUGCUGCUGUAUUAGUCGCCUAGACGUAUGCACAUAGCGGUUGAUGUAGGUUGGAG